AUGGCGUUCCCGUACAAUAUUAACCACCUCAAUCUACUGCAGCCUUUCGAUUAUGCCGAGCAGCCUGCCGCGGAGGCUGAUCCGGCUAUCGACGCAUUCAUUGAUCUCUCCGGUGGAGCGCCUGCUGAAGGACGAGCACAACAGUCAUUGGCACCUCAACACAACCACAACCACGCGAUUCCGGAGGGAGUUACUUCUCAGGGUCCGGUUCCGUUAGACUCUUACGUCUUCCACGAACAACACGCACACAUCCCCUCCGCACCCGGGGCUCCCGUUCACCUCCCCUACUCCACCGCACCCACCCCCUCGCACUCCGACUCCUACUCCCCCACCCCAUCCUCCUUAAAGCGCAAACCUACCUCCGACCCUCUCGAUGAAGACCUCCACCCCUCCUCCUCCCGCACCGCCGUCGAAGAAGACAAACGUCGCCGUAACACCGCCGCGUCUGCUCGAUUCAGGUUGAAGAAGAAGGAGAGGGAACAAGCGCUCGAGAAGACGGCGAAGGAUAUGACGGAUAAGGUUGUUGUGUUGGAGCAGAGAAUGAGGGAGUUGGAGCAGGAGAAUAAGUGGUUGAAGAGUUUGUUGAUUGAGAAGAUGCCGGGGGUCGCGGCUGCGCAGGCUGGAAAGGCCGAGGCUUCCGAAGAGUUUCUCAACAACGCAUAGGUGGACUCCAUGGAUAUGAAGAUGUGGUUGGGAGUGAACUUCUUGAUGCCGCGUAAGCAAGAGUUGCGAAGCCGGUAAACCAAGGAGUUCACUAUCAAUACGGUGGUGUGCUUGAAUGCGGUGGUCUUCUUGUGGAUACUUUCUCUGGUUCUUACGUGUUGCGUGUGGAGUUUGGGUUUCGUCUAUUCUUAAUGUUACCGCUGUACAUGGUCCAACCCAUGUUACUACAAAAGGAAGGCUGGGUGGGGGCUGUUUUGAUACCAAAAUGGAGUGUGGGGGAUGGAGUGUGCGACUGACUCCAACAGUCAUGAACUUCGAGAGGUGGUGGUGGUGGUGGUGGUGGUGGUGGUGGUGGUGGUGGUGGUGGU